CUCGCACCACCAACCAGAUUCGCGAGCCACCUCGCGCCCACGCCUCCCCCCAUUUCCCUUCCCUCCCUCCCUCCCUCCCUCCCCUCGCUUCGAUUCCUUCCCUUCCACUCCAAGCAAGCAAAGCCGCGCCCUCUCCCCUCGGUCGGAUCCGCGUCGCAUCGCAUGGCGCCGCUCAGCGCCGGCGCGGCCGCGGCGGCGUGGGCGGCCGUACGAGCGCGCGCGGUCGCCCCGGCGCUGACGGCCGCGGUGUGGGCGUGCCUCGCCAUGUCGGCCAUGCUCCUCCUCGAGGCCGCCUGCAUGAGCCUCGUCAGCCUCGUCGCCGUCCGCCUGCUGCGGCUGCGGCCCGAGCGGAGGUUCAAGUGGGAGCCCAUGACCGGGGCCCUGGAGGGGGGCGAGGCCGACGUGGAGGACCCGGCGGGCCGCUGCGAGUUCCCCAUGGUGCUCGUGCAGAUCCCCAUGUACAACGAGAAGGAGGUGUACAAGUUGUCCAUUGGAGCUGUUUGUGCUCUCACAUGGCCGCCAGACCGUAUUAUAAUCCAAGUCUUGGAUGAUUCAACUGAUCCCAUUAUUAAAGAACUAGUGGAGCUUGAAUGCCAGGAGUGGGCUAGCAAGAAAAUUGACAUAAAGUAUGAAAUUAGAAAUAACAGGAAGGGAUACAAAGCUGGAGCUUUGAAGAAAGGCAUGGAACAUGUAUAUGCGCAACAAUGUGAAUUCGUUGCUAUCUUCGACGCAGAUUUCCAACCUGAAUCUGACUUCCUUUUAAAAACUAUACCAUUUCUUGUGCAUAACCCGAAGAUUGCGCUUGUGCAAACACGCUGGAAGUUUGUUAACUACGAUGCUUGCCUGAUGACAAGGAUACAGAAGAUGUCCCUGGACUAUCAUUUCAAAGUCGAGCAGGAAUCAGGCUCAUUUAUGCAUGCUUUCUUUGGUUUCAAUGGUACAGCUGGUGUGUGGCGUGUAUCUGCUAUUAAUGAGUCAGGAGGAUGGAAAGAUCGCACCACUGUGGAGGACAUGGACCUGGCUGUACGGGCAUGUCUCAAGGAAUGGGAAUUCUUGUAUGUAGGUGAUAUAAGGGUCAAGAGUGAACUCCCAAGUACCUUCAAGGCCUACCGUCAUCAACAGCAUAGGUGGACUUGUGGUGCUGCCAAUCUCUUCAGAAAAAUGGGAUGGGAAAUUGUGACAAACAAGGGGGUAUCAAUAUGGAAGAAAUGGCACCUUUUAUACAGCUUUUUGUUUGUACGAAGGGUCAUUGCUCCCAUCCUCACAUUCUUGUUCUACUGCGUUGUCAUUCCAUUAUCUGCCAUGGUUCCUGAAGUCCAUAUUCCUGUGUGGGGGUUGGUCUACAUUCCUACUGCCAUUACUAUCAUGAAUGCCAUCAGGAAUCCUGGGUCUCUCCAUCUGAUGCCAUUCUGGAUUCUGUUUGAAAAUGUAAUGUCCAUGCACCGUAUGCGUGCAGCUCUAACCGGUUUACUUGAGACUGCGCACGUAAAUGAUUGGGUGGUUACUGAGAAGGUAGGAGAUGUGGUGAAGGACGAUUUUGAAGUCCCACUCCUUGAACCACUGAAGCCCACUGAAUGUGUGGAGAGGAUUUACAUCCCUGAGCUCUUGCUCGCGCUCUACCUCUUGAUAUGCGCCUCGUAUGACUACGUGCUUGGAAGCCAGACAUACUUCAUGUACAUCUACCUCCAGGCCUUGGCAUUCAUUGUAUUAGGGUUCGGUUUCGUCGGCAUGAAAACUCCGUGUUCAUAGAAUGUUCCUAGGACUGCAAUCAAGCUUAAUUGGAUCUGACAAGGGCAAUCUAUAUGAAAUGGGACACCAUACAGGUUGUAUAGGUUUUAGUUCAUACAGAAUGGUAGAUGAGUAUUGGAUUUGAGGGUUCGUAGAAUCCUAGUUGUACAAUGAUGGAUGGCCAGGUUGUAUUCUUCUAACUGCUUUACAGAUUCUUUUUUUCUUUAUGAUUGUGUAGAUCCCAAGUUCUUGAGACUGUAAUCACACCAUGAAAGGCAAUGAAAUACAGGCAUGAUACAUUA